AUGGCUGCCGGAUCUCUCAGCGACCCUCUGAUCGCUCAUCUUAACUAUGAACCAGUGCCCCUCAAGUUCGGCACGAGCGGUCGACGUGGCAAGGUGGUUGAUCUAACCCAGCUGGAGAUCUACACCAACGUCCGCGCCGAACUUCGCUAUCUCCAGUCUCUCCCACUGUCAGAGGGCGGUAUCCGAGUUGGUGAUGAUUUUUACUUUGCAUAUGAUCUGCGUCCGAGCUCCACGAGCUAUGUAAAGGACAACCGCGGUGGCCUCAGCCAAGCUGUGGUGCAGGCCGCGAAGGAUGCAGGAAUGCAUCCUAUCAACCUCGGCGCCAUCCCGACUCCUGCGCUCACCUAUUUUGCUCUGAGAAAUGGCAAGGGGAGUAUCAUGGUAACGGGCAGCCAUAUUCCGUUCGACCGUAACGGCUACAAGCUUAAUACUUCCCAAGGAGAGCUCCUGAAGAAGGAUGAACAGCCUAUCAACGAGCUCGUCAAAAUCACCCGCGAAGAGCUUCUCUCCCAGCCUUUCGCCGAGUCACUUUUCAAUGAACAUGGAAUGCUUCGGGACGGCUCAUCCGAACUUCCCCCGAUCGCACCAGAGGGUAAAGAUGCCUAUGUCCAGCGCUACCUGGACUUCUUCGAAGGUCAAUCAUUGGAAGGCAAGAGGAUUCUUGUCUACCAGCACUCUGCCGUCGGUCGCGAUGUCGCAGUCGAAAUUCUCCAGAAGCUUGGUGCCAAAGUGGCCAUUGCUGGUCGCAGUGAGACCUUUGUUCCUAUUGACACCGAAGCCAUCGACGCAGUCCAGCUCAACACCAUCCAAGUGCUCUACGACAGCACGGGCCAGACAUUCGACGCGGUUGUCUCCACCGACGGCGACAGCGACCGGCCACUUAUUCUCGCUCCGGAAGGAGAUAGACUCCGCUUCUUCGGCGGCGACCUGCUGGGCAUGGUUGUCGCCGAGUAUCUCCAGGCCGACGCCGUCGUCGUCCCGAUCAGCACCAACGAUGCCAUCGACCGCGGCUCUCUCGCCGACGCCACCGAGCCAAAGACCAAAAUUGGCAGUCCGUACGUGAUCGCGGGAAUGCAGGAUGCCAUCGCGAAAGGCCGCCGGCGUGUUUGCGGCUGGGAGGCCAACGGCGGCUUUCUCACGGGCUCGGACAUUGAGCGUAAUGGCAAGAUGCUGACCGCGCUCCCAACAAGAGAUGCCGCUCUCCCGCUGCUCUGUGCCUUGUUCGCGGCGCAGUCCCGCCAGAUCACGCUGCCACAGCUCUUCUCGACGCUCCCCAGGCGAUUUAGCCGCGCCGCGUUGAUCCGCAAUUUCCCACGUUCAACCAGCAUGCGGAUUCUCCAGCGCUUUUCCCCCUCUGGAUCCGCUGACCAGCCUGACGAACGGAUCCGUUCUGAACUCGAGACUGUCUUCUCGCCAGAUGUUGGGUUCACCGCGAUUGCGAGAAUCGAUUACACGGACGGGGUCCGACUCAUCUUCGAGAAUGGAGACGUUGCUCAUUUCCGUCCCUCUGGCAACGCGGACGAGCUUCGGAUCUACGCCGUCGCGGACACCCAGGAGCGCGCAGAUGGCAUUGCGGCCCGGGGAACCGCAGAGCCCGAUGGUCUGUUGAGGAAGCUGGAGCGUAUGGUCUAG